UUCAUAAAUUCAUGUGGCAACCAUAAUCUUAUCUCUCUCUCUAUAUAUCCCCACACUCGCCACUUUCCACCUUGUUUCUUCAAAACGAGUAGAGCCUUGAUUCUUUUUAUUUCCUUCUCUAUAUGCGUAUAUAUAUAUAUACGUGUUCUUGCAUUUUGGGUUCAUCAGGAGGACUAGCUAGCUACAAGAAUUUUUGAAGGAUUUACUAUCUUCAUCAAGAAAAGUUUUCAAGAGAAAAGUAUAAAGAUAUACAUAGACUUGUUUCUUGGUCGUUUCAGUUUUGCUUCAAGAUUCUUAAGUACAAGUUUUAUUAUGGAUUAUUCUUCUUCUUGGGUGGACACUUCUUUGGAUCUUAAUCUUAAUCCUCGACGUGUGAAGGAUGAUGUUCCUAUUCAAGAAAGGUUAGCCAUGGCUAACGACGUUCAGAGCAACUUUAUGGAGUUGGGAAGGAAUAUUUCUGUUAAAGAAGAGGUUAGUUAUACUGGAGCUUUGGUGGAGGAAUUGAACAGGGUGAGUGCAGAAAACAAGAAACUGACAGAAAUGCUUACUGUGAUGUGCGAAAACUAUAAUGCUUUGAAAAGCCAGUUGAUGGAUUAUGUGAGCAAGAAUCGCGAUAAGGAGCUUAGCCCUUCAAGGAAAAGAAAGUCUGAAAGCAGUAAUAAUGAUAAUACCAUUGCAAUGAAUGGGAAUUCAGAAAGCAGCUCAACUGAUGAAGAAUCUUGCAAGAAACCAAGAGAAGAAAUUGUCAAAGCAAAGAUUUCAAGAACUUAUGUUAAGACAGAAGCACCCGACACAAGCCUUAUUGUAAAGGAUGGAUAUCAAUGGAGGAAGUAUGGCCAAAAGGUCACCAGAGACAACCCUUCUCCAAGAGCUUACUUCAAAUGCUCUUUUGCUCCUAGCUGCCCUGUCAAAAAGAAGGUUCAAAGAAGCAUUGAAGACCAAACUAUUCUAGUAGCAACAUAUGAAGGAGAGCACAAUCAUCCACAUCCAUCACAAAUGGAGGCAACAUCAGGCGCAAGCCGAAGCCUGACUCUUGGCUCAGUACCCUGCUCAGCCUCCCUUGGAUCGUCCGGACCGACCAUUACUCUUGACCUGACCAAAUCCAAGUCCAGCAAUGACGCCAGAAGUUCAAAACCAAGAAUGGAAACUCCUGAAGUAAGGCAGUUCUUGGUAGAACAGAUGGCCUCUUCGUUGACAAAAGAUCCUAAUUUCACAGCAGCAUUAGCAGCAGCCAUCUCAGGAAAAAUGUUGCAGCAGAAUCACAAAGACAAGUGGUGAAGAUUUCUCAGUUUAGGCCAUUUUGAAAUUUGGAAUAUGUAGUUGUAAAUACAACAUCAGGAAAAGGGGAAACACAAUUUUCAUAAAUUUGCUUUGAAUUGCUAUUUAAGGAGGAAGUAUAUUGUCAUUGGAAAUGAUUGAUGAAAAAUUCAUCCCCAAUUUUGCAAGACGCAAUUGGGGUGGAGUUCAUGCCA